AUGGACGGCUUCCACAGCGGUCUAAGCAGAGUGCCUCUGCUCCUCCCCUCGGACCACCAAGGACACGUGAUCAAGUCAGAGGCCGAAUUCCAAGCAGCGAUGGACAGUCUGGGAAGGUCCGGUGACCACAUGAGUCUCUAUCACGGCGGUCACGGCAGCGGUGCUUUAGUGAACUCG